ACAAUCGACUAUUAUCGGAAUUUUCGAAAUAAGUUAAUUCCUCAUGAAUGAGGCAUGGUCGAACGUGCUGAUGCACCGUCAGAGACACGUCGAGUCUCGUGUAUCAUAAACAAACGUGCUUCGGAGUGCAACGUUGCAGAUCUUCAGGCAGACCAGUCCGCGUCCGGCUGCCGACUACAUGUGAAGUGCGAAUGGACAAAAAUGUGCAAGUGAUUGUUUUAAUACAUGAAACAGAUCCACAUAAUGUCUCCGGCGACGAAAACGAACACAACUCAUUUAGAACCACCCGAAUUCGUGAAAAAUCUUACACAAUGCAGAGUUUGCCAUGUAAUACAUAAGUCUAUUGAUGGGAUCGAGUGCGAUAACAACAAUAAUAAUGUAGAAACUACAGAUACACUAAUAAAUGAGCACUUCGGCUCCGAGAAAUGUUUAAGAAGAAUACCGGAACUCUCCUGGCUCCGAGGAUGGGAGCAACGGAUGGGUUUCGAAACUGAACUUAUCUGGUUGAACAUUAUAUCCAUAUCCUUGUUACAUGUCAUCACAGUUGUAUGGUUCGCUUACAAUUUAAUGAUCGGUCACUUCCCGAAGUGGCAAAGUGCAGUCUAUGGUUACUUCGUAGGCAACGUGGCCGGGUUCGGCGUAACGGCCGGCGUGCACCGGUAUUGGUGUCAUCGCUCCUACAAAGCCACGCUGCCAUUGCAGUGGAUCCUCAUUAUAUGUUACUCUGUGGCCGGACAGAACCCCAUCCCCGACUGGGUGCGCGACCACCGCGUGCACCACAAGUUCUCGGAGACGUCAGCGGACCCGCACGACGCGCGGCGCGGGUUCCUCUUCGCGCACGUCGGGUGGCUCAUGAUGAGGAAGCACCCGGACGUCGUCCGCGAGGGGCGCAAGAUCGACAUGAGUGACGUCACCCAAGACCCGCUUGUGCAGUUUCAUACGAAACACUUCAAGUUGUUUAAGACAGCGUUCUGCUUCGUACUGCCGACGCUGGUGCCCGUGUGGGGCUGGGCCGAGAGCUGGGAGUACGCGAUCCUCUCGCAGGUCUUUCUGCGUUACAUGAUGAGCCUGAACUUCACGUGGGCGGUUAACAGCUUCGCGCACCUGUGGGGCAAUAAGCCUUACGACCCGAAUAUCACGCCAGUUGAAAACUGGGGCGUGUCUGCCGUCGCGCUGGGCGAGGGCUGGCACAACUACCACCACACGUUCCCGUGGGACUACAAGGCCGCCGAGCUGGCCUACUCCCUGAACCUCACCACGCUGCUGCUGGACGGCUUCGCGAAGAUCGGUUGGGCGCACAACCUCAAACAAGCCUCGCCACAACUUAUAAAGGCGGUGGUCGAGAGAAAACACAAACAAUAACUAGUGUGCGACCGCUUGCCC